AUGUCAUCAGUCCCAACUCGUCAACUAGGCAAGAAUGGCCCUCUAGUCCCUCGAAUCGGCUUCGGUACCAUGGGUCUCUCAAUGAGCUAUGGAAAGCCCUUGCCCGACGAGCAGCGCCUCGAACUCCUCGACCACGCCCAUAAAAUCGGCGCGACCUUCUGGGACACCAGCGACUUCUACGGCGACUCCGAAGACAUAAUAGCAAAAUGGUUCGCCAAGACCAACAAGCGCUCCGACAUCUUUCUCGCAACCAAAUUCGGCGCCGUCGUCCUAGACGGCGGCCGAUUCAGUUUCCGGGGCGACGCCGCCUACGUCAGCGAGGCCUGCGAGAAGAGCCUAAAGCGUCUCGGCGUCGACUACAUCGACCUAUACUACCCGCACCGACUAGACGGCAGCACGCCCGUCGAGCUAAUCGUCGCCGAGAUGGUCAAGUUGAAAGACCAAGGCAAAAUCCACCACCUCGGCCUGUGCGAAGUCUCCGCCAGCACCCUGCGGCGCGCACACGCAAUCCACCCCAUCGCCGCCGUGCAAAUCGAAUACAGCCCAUUCACAACGGAAAUCGAGUCGCCAGACACCUCUCUCCUCUCCACCUGCCGCGAACUCGGCGUCGCGAUCGUAGCCUACAGCCCUCUCUCCCGGGGUUUGCUCACAGGCCAAAUAACGAAACCAGACGACUUCGGCGCAGAGGACGUGCGCCGGCACUACCCGCGCUUCUCGGCGGAGAACUUCCCGAGGAAUAUGGCGGUUGUGGAGGAGUUGCGCAGGAUGGCGGGGGAGAAGGGGUGUACGGCUGCGCAGUUGACGCUGGCGUGGUUGUUGGCGCAGGGGGACGAGGUGUUUCCGAUUCCGGGGACUACGAAGAUCGCCGCCCUAGAGGAGAAUUUCGCGGCUGCGUCUGUGUCGUUGACCGCUGACGAGACUGCGCGUAUUAGGUCGCUCGUCGACGCGGCGUCGUGCCAUGGUACCCGAUAUCCGCCCUCUCAUGCCCUGGGAUUGUUUGCCGAUACGCCAACUUUCGAAGACUAUAAGCCUUUUUCUGCUCGUACGGAAAUUAUUGGGGCUGUUUAUGAGUAG